UCAGGAAAUGGAAAAAUUGGACAUAAUAACUUGUAAUUUACAAAGCUUUUUGGAAUGUAAUUUAGAGCAAUUGAAGAGAUAUAGAGUCAUUAUUAAAUUUAUUAAAGAAAUAGGGUUAUAUGGGAUAAUUUAGUGUUUUUUUCUUUUCUUUUUUUCUUCUCUUUACUCAAGCAUUUCUUUGUAUAUCGGUGCUCCACACUCCAGUUUAGUAGGUGGCGGUAGUGCACCAUAAGCUGGUUUGCCAACCGCCAUAAAAUUACAGAAGAAGAAGAAAGAGCGCGCGUGUGAUUUGUUUGUGUAUCCUCAGUGUUUUUCUCUCUUGCGUGUUUCAUUGACUGUAAACAGAGUCUUGUCUCUGUGUAUUUAAGUGUUGAGAUGUUGAUGAUGAGAUGUGCUGUAAAUGAGUAGGAACUGAUCUGUCCAUGCUGGAUAUAUUGAUGAUUUAAUCACAGAAAUCUCUCAGCUGGAGAAAGAGGUGGCGUUACUGGAGACAAAGCUGAGGUCAAAAGGAGAUUUAACAAUGAAUCGAGAGGAUGUGGAUUGUUGUGAAUCUUCAGUGUAUGUGACUGAUGAUGGGAGUCUGGAUUCAGUGUGGAUGAGUAGAGAUGCUGGACUCUAAACUCUUUGAAGAGAAAUCCAGACACACACAGAACUCCGAUCUCAGUCUGACUUUACUCUGUUAUACUGAGUCAAAGCUCACAGACCCUCAGGACACUACAGUGUGUGACAGUAAACAGAGCUUACAGGAGGAUCAAACCUCCACAGAGUCUCUGGAUUCUGUCUGUAACGCUGGAGAACAGCAGCAGAUCCUGCAGACCAAACUGAAGAUGUGUUCAGUUAAACUCAUCGACUGCACGAACCUCAUGAUGAAGAUUAAAACUGAACCCACAGAAAUCAAAACUGAACCCACAGAAAUCAAAACUGAACCCACAGAAAUCAAAACUGAACCCACAGAAAUCAAAACUGAACCCACAGAAAUCAAAACUGAACCUAAAGAAAUCAAAACUGAACCUAAAGAAAUCAAUAUUGAACCCACAGAAAUCAAAACUGAACCUAAAGAAAUCAAAACUGAACCCACAGAAGAGGAAGAUCGCCCUGAUGAAGAUGAUGACUUUAUUUCAUCAGGUGUGAAGAGUGAUUCAUGUUUGGAUAUCGAAAUAACGUCCUCAACAUCAAAAGAGCGACUGACAGCACAAACUCUUUCCUGCAUCACCUGUGGAAAGACAUUCAGCUCACAGAGACAUUUAGAGAGACAUGAGAGAAAACACACAGAACAGAAACUCUUCACCAGAUCUGAGAUCAUCUUUACUAUCUUACAAGAGAAGAAACUUCAUUCAGAAGACCACAGAGAGAAGAAGAAGAAGAAGCAGUUUCACUGUGAGCAGUGUGGGAAGAUUUUUGGCUCUUCCUCUGAUCUAAAUGUUCACAUGAGGAUACACAGUGGUGAAAAGCCUUUCAACUGCACUGAAUGUGGAAAUUACUUCAGAACCAAACAAAAUCUUAAAGUUCAUCAGAGACUUCAUACAGGAGAAAAACCUUAUGGGUGUCCUCACUGUGAGAAGAGAUUUAGCUGUAAAUAUAGUCUAAAGAGACAUGUGCUUUUACACACCAAUGAGAGACCGUAUCAGUGCAGUGAAUGUGACAAAACCUUUAGGGAUUCAAGUUUAUUAAAAUCACACCAGAAUAUUCACAUUGAAGAGAAACUCUAUCAGUGUUUACACUGUGAUGAAUGUUACGGUUAUAAAUGUCAUCUGAUAAUCCAUCAGAGAGUUCAUACUGGAGAGAAACCUCAUCACUGUAGUGUCUGUGGGAAGAGUUUUUGUGUAAAGCAUACAUUACUAAAUCACAAGAUAAUUCAUACAGGUGAAAAACCUUUUAAAUGCUCUCAGUGUGACAAGACGUUUACUUGUUCAAGUAACUUAAAAAAACAUGAAAGAGUUCAUUCUGGAGAGAAACCUUAUCACUGUAGUGUGUGUGGAAAGAGUUUUAGUCAAGGGUCUACAUUACUAUAUCACAAGAGAAUUCAUACAGGUGAAAAACCUUUCAAAUGCUCUCAGUGUGACAAGACAUUUAUUUGUUCAAGUAACUUAAGAUACCAUCAGAGAGUUCAUUCUGGAGAGAAACCUUAUCACUGUAGUCUCUGUGGAAAGAGUUUUGGACAACGGGCUACAUUACUAAAUCACAAGAGAAUUCAUACAGGUGAAAAACCUUACAAAUGCUCUCAGUGUGAUAAGACUUUUUCUCAGUCCGGUCAUUUAAAAUCUCAUCAGAGCGUUCAUACUGGAGAAAAACCUUAACACUGUAAUGUUUGUGGGAAGAUUUUUAGUCAACAGUGAAACUAACUUAAAGGUCACGUUUUCCUAAUCCUAAACCCUAGUUAGUGUGUAAUGUUGCUAUAAUAGCAUAAAUAAUACUUGUAAAAUAAAAUGAUAAAGCUCA